GCGUGCAUCUCCUGCUCGUCUCCCAUACGGAACACUUCUCCAGGACGCGCAGGCGGCGUUACGCACGCUGAUGUGACAUCUGAGGAGGGACCGUAUUUCGCGGAGUCUUUGGAUUCGAAACGAGGUUUUUAUGUCGCAUCUGUGGCACAUUCGGGACUCGGCUGCAGAACUGAUGGGAGGGUCCGCGAUGAAGGAUUUGCUCGUUGAGGAGAUCUGUUUCUGCAGCCUGCGAUUCUCAUGCAGGCUGCACGACGUGUGCGCCGUCCCGGAGCGUUACGCACAGCCUUUCCUCCGUGCGUUAACAUGCCAGUAGAGCGCAGACGGUCUUAGUCUUUUGGCGGGGAAGAGAGGGAAGAGCGACAAAGAUGAUAAAGAAGGACUAUCCGCAACCAGAAUGGAUUUAACCCAGCUGAAGUUUUUGGUGGAAAACGUCUCCAGCGAUGAAAACACCACCGACGCGCCGUUUGCGUUACCGCACACGGAGGCAGCCACCGCGCUCAUCAUCCUGGUGGUCACUGUGAUCAUCUCGGUGACCAUCGUGGGCAACGUGCUGGUGAUCGUCGCGGUGCUCACGAGUCGGGCUCUCCGCGCGCCCCAGAACCUCUUCCUCGUCUCCCUGGCCUCAGCGGACAUCCUGGUGGCCACGCUGGUCAUCCCCUUCUCCCUCGUCAACGAGGUGAUGGGCUACUGGUACUUCGGGAGCACUUGGUGCGCCUUCUAUCUCGCGCUGGACGUGCUGUUCUGCACCUCAUCCAUCGUGCACCUGUGCGCCAUCAGCCUGGACCGCUACUGGUCCGUCACCAAGGCGGUCAGCUACAACCUGAAGCGCACGCCGAAGCGCAUUAAGUCCAUGAUCGCCGUGGUGUGGGUGAUCUCCGCAGUCAUUUCCUUCCCCCCGCUCCUCCUGACCAAACACGAUGAAUGGGAGUGUCUGCUGACCGACGAGACCUGGUACAUCCUCUCCUCCUGCAUGGUGUCCUUCUUUGCUCCGGGUCUCAUCAUGAUCCUGGUUUACUGUAAGAUCUACAAAGUGGCCAAGCAGCGCUCCUCCACCGUGUUCGUGGCCAAAAACGGGCUGGAGAGGCAGCCGUCUCAGUCCGAGACCUGCUUUGUGAGGAAGGACCGGUUCGAGAUGGAGAGUCCGAGCAGCCAGAGCUCCGGGAGCAACCAGCCGCAGCAGGGCGAGCUGGACGACAUCGACCUGGAGGAGAGCUGCUGCCAGUCGGACACCAAGCCGCGCCACCACCGCUUCACGAAGCGGAGGAAAGUGGAGGGCUCGGACUGCUGCCCGCCCCCGAACUGCCGCCUGUCCUGGGCUUCGGCCCGCGCGCUGCAGCUCUACCCGGAGCAGAAGAACCCGGCGGGCAGGCAACAGCUGGCCGCCGCCAACAAGACCAAAGUGGCCCAGAUGCGGGAGAAGCGCUUCACCUUCGUGCUGGCGGUGGUGAUGGGGGUGUUCGUGCUGUGCUGGUUCCCUUUCUUCUUCACGUACAGCCUGCGCGCUAUCUGCAGGGACAGCUGCUCCAUCCCUGGCGCGCUCUUCAACCUCUUCUUCUGGAUUGGCUACUGCAACAGUUCCGUCAACCCCAUCAUUUACACCAUUUUCAACAGGGAUUUCAGAAAAGCCUUCAAGAAAAUCAUAUGCAGAACUUCAAAACGCACGUGAAAGAUUGCACAAGGGAUUUUUUUGUUUUGUUUUUUUCUUUGCCUCUGUUCCUCAGCAGUACUGGGACAGGACUGUAUUAUAGCACAGGCUGAUUUGCCCCUCCAUUAUUUAAAUGUAUUUAUCAUGAAAUAUUUCGGUGUUGUGUACACAUUUAAAUGUCUAUGAAUAAAAGUAA